AUGGCUGCAGCCACGGAUGGAGGGAGCUCUGCUGCAGCAAGUCCAGCCCCUCCAUAUAUUCAAGGCGCUGGAGCUACAGAGUCUCCACUAUCACCAUCAACCCAUCAACUCCCCACACGUUCAUCAUCAACCCGUUCACGCCCUGCACGAAGGACGCCACCCUCAUCUUCAUCAUCAUCGGCGCGGGUUUCUCCGUAUCCAUUGCGGGUGCGCACACCUCCACAAACAGCUUUAACUCCACAAGCUUCCAGAGGCCACCGACCGCGUGUCUCCAUCGACGAUUCACCUGAUGAAGGUGAUCAGCACUUCUUGCGCUUGGUUGUGGAACCUAUUGUCAAGUCUACUGUUGGGCAGCGGGAUGCUACGGGCAGACAUCUCGAGAUUUUUCCUGCAAGUGGUGCAUCGUUCGCUGCCAUAAUGCACAAGCUAUGGGAGAAGUUUAGUGGUAACAUCAAGAGGCACGCUGUGAAAACAGAUGCCACUUGGUCACUUGAGACGCCAACGGAAGCUUCAUGGAGCAGUGUCAUGCAGCUUAAAUCCAAAAGCCGAAUCGCUUCAGCAACGAAGACGCCAGAGCUUCGGAAUAAGUGGAUCGUUGAUCAGAAAAACAAUCCGGUGACACUGUCGAUCUACGAAUACGGUCAGGCGGUCUCCAACGCACGUCUUUUAGAGGAGUUUUCGCAGGUUUGCAUUCGACCACAGAAUACUGAUCGAUCCGGAGCUGCUGCAGAAAAUGCUAUGCGCGAUAUGAUAGAGCAGCUUCAAGAAAUCUGGGGAAAUACGUACCAAGCGAGCGCAGUAACUUGGAGAAUGUGGGCGAAUGACAUUAUGCGCAAUCUGGAUCGCCCGUCGGAUGGACUAGUUUACGAGCAUUUGACGCGUCUCACCAGAUCGACUCAUGUAGCACUUGACACGGUGAACUUUGCGCUUGCUGAUAACGCCGAGCUUACGAGAGACUGGGAAGCAUUUGGACGCCGACUUGAAUGCCACAAGCGGCCAUUAGAGGCGCGAAAAGAAACUCUUGAGGGAUAUUUCGCUGAUGUUCCGUUACCAUCUGCUGCUGAAGUGCGCGACCCGCUUCCAACGAUGCAGAACAUUGAAGACACAGAACAUCAAGAGUAG